AUGAAGCUGGCACCAGAGAGUCAAUACAGGCUAGCCCUCAGCACUCACAGUGGAGAACUCCUGCAGCAAAAACUCCCAUUUGGAAUCAAGUCAGUACCUGGUUACUUUCAGGAUAUCAUGGAGAACCUAACCGGUGAUCUGUCUGGAGUUGUCGUCUUCCAAGACGAUAUGCUUGUCAACGGGCAAGACGCCAAUAAUCACUUGAGCAACCUAGGAUGUUUCUUUCCUCGUUUGAAAGACAAAGUGCCUGUUCGCACUACCCAGUGUGGAAUAUCUGGGCUACACCUCAUCAGCAGAAGGAAUUGCACAGGGAUCCAAGAAAGGCAGAGGGUACAAGGUGAUAUUUUGCUUACCGCUUUUCUUACAUUUCUUUUAGAAAGGCUGAGGGAACAAGAUGAUAUUUUGCUUACCGGCUUCCUUACAUUUCUUUUAGAAAGGUUGAGGGAACAAGGUGAUAUUUUGCUUACCGGCUUCCUCACAUUUCUUUUAGAAAGGUUGAGGGAACAAGGUGAUAUUUUGCUUACUGGCUUCCUUACAUUUCUUUUAGAAAGGUUGAGGGAACAAGGUGAUAUUUUGCUUACCGGCUUUCUUAUAUUUCUUUUAGAAAGGCUGAGGGAACAAGGUGAUAUUUUGCUUACCAGCUUCCUUACAUUUCUUUUAGAAAGGUUGAGGGAACAAGGUGAUAUUUUGCUUACCGGCUUCCUCACAUUUCUUUUAGAAAGGUUGAGGGAACAAGGUGAUAUUUUGCUUACCGGCUUCCUUAUAUUUCUUUUAGAAAGGCUGAGGGAACAAGGUGAUAUUUUGCUAACCGGCUUCCUUAUAUUUUUUUUAGAAAGGUUGAGUGGACAAGGUGAUAUUUUGCUUACCAGCUUCCUUACAUUUCUUUUAGAAAGGUUGAGUGGACAAGGUGAUAUUUUGCUUACCAGCUUCCUUACAUUUCUUUUAGAAAGGUUGAUGGAACAAGGUGAUAUUUUGCUUACCGGCUUCCUUAGAUUUCUUUUAGAAAGGCUGAGGGAACAAGGUGAUAUUUUGCUUACCGGCUUCCUUACAUUUCUUUUAGAAAUUAGCAACUCCCCCUCUCUCUUCCUCGUCCCCCCCUCUCUCUCUAUUCCUCGUCCCCCUCUCUCUCUCUCUUCCUCGUCCCCCCUCUCUCUCUCUUCCUCGUCCCCCUUCUCUCUUCCCCUUGCUUCUCUCUCUUCCACUUGCUUCUCUCUCUUCCCACUUGCUUCUCUCUCUUCCCUCUUGCUUGCUUCUCUCUCUUCCCCUUGCUUCUCUCUCUUCCCUGCUUCUCUCUCUUCCCCACUUUCUCUCUUCCCCUUGCUUCUCUCUCUUCCCACUUGCUUCUCUCUCUUCCCACUUGCUUCUCUCUCUUCCCACUUGCUUCUCUCUCUUCCCACUUGCUUCUCUCUGUCAUUCACACUACCCUCCCUCUCUCUCUCUGUCCCUCAUUUACACUCCCCAAAUCCCUCUAAUUGA